AAAACAUUUAGUGAGGCACAAAAGACAUUUAAUUUCACCUCCCAGCCAGUAGAUGACACCAAAGUCUUACUUCUGAUCAAUGGAGAGAAAUCUUCUGAGAUUACAAAAGAUGAGUUUGAAAAUCUUCGUAAAAACUUUCCCUAUUUCAAAUAUCUUAGUGAUGAAAAAGGAAACAAAGCACUUUUUGAUCCAAAAAAUCAUAUAAUCUAUACGAAAAAUGGUCGAGAAAACGUCACUGAUGAUAGCUAUAGCUUGUUUUAUAAUGGAAAUGAGGAGAAACUCUUAUUAUACGUUCCUAACUUGAAAGAAUCGGAGCGUAUGAUGUUUAUUGUGGAUGCAACAAACGAGGAAAGUUAUAUGGCUAACAUAAAGUUUGCAGCUUUUCAGCCCAAAUAUAAGAUCAAGUUCGGAGUAAACGAUCAGGCAAGUCCACCCGUGGUUACUAUCAUGCAAGAGGAUGACUUUGAAAAGAAGGAUGAAGUUAAAGGUAGAUUUUUAUUUUCAUCAAUUUUAAUAGUGCCCAUCAAAAUUACUGACAUUAACAUCGAUGAUGGAAAGGUGAAAUAUGAAAUGAUCGCAAAUAAACCAAGCGAAGCUCAAACCCCAGCAGCUCAAAAUACUGAGGCUCAGACCCCGGCAGCUGAAUCGCCUAAAUAUUUAUAUUUAGAUAAGAUCUCUAUGAAAAGUAAGAAUUUUGAUUUCAUUAACCCCAUAGUCUUUAUUAUGCUUCAACAACUUGGCAUUUUCGGGUGA